UUAUUCACAUGCAAUAACUUGAUACUCUCAAUAAAUAAAAAAUAAAAAUAAAAACAAAUUUAAGUCACCAUUAUCCACAAAUGUAGUAACCCUACCUCUCCAAAUAAAUAGAGGGAAGAUUGAUGAGAAAUCAUGCACCAAAAAACUUUCUUAUCUUCUCAUAUCAUACAAAUACAAACCAUAGUCUAAAAUUAAAAAUAUUCAAUAGAGAAUUUAGUUCUUCAAUGGCUUGCAAUCUCCAUUUUUGCAAAAAUAACCAAAAGAGUUCAAAAGUUGUUGUAGUAAUAGUCCCAUUUCUAGCACAAGGCCAUCUUAAUCAACUUCUUCAACUUUCUUGCCUUAUAGCAUCUUACAAAAACAUAAAAGUCCAUUAUGUUAGUACAAAAACACAUAAUCUUCAAGCAAAACUCAGAGUUAUUAAUGAAUUUGACUCUAUUUCCAAGAUUCAUUUCCAUGAAUUUUCCACUCCUAGUUUCCUUUCUCCAAAUCCAAAUCCAAAUUCGCGAAUUAAAUUCCCAUCACAUCUUCAGCCAUCAUUUGAAGUAUCGUCUUAUCUAAGAAACCCUGUAAAAAGGUUAAUCCAAGCUCUUUCAUCCAAGUAUCAGAGAGUCGUUAUCAUAAACGACUCUCUGAUGGGAUCAGUUGUUCAGGAUUAUGUGUCAGUACCUAAUGCAGAAGCCUACACUUUCCACAGUGUGUCAGCUUUUACACUAUUCUUGUUUAUAUGUGAGAGAAAACAAAAACUGUUUCCAAUAGAUCCUGAAAUGCUGAAGGACCUUCCAUCCCUCGAAGGUUGUUUUAGUCCUGAAUUCGAGAGAUUUAUGAAAAGAGAAUACGACUGCAUGAAAUUUUACUCGGGUAAAAUUUACAACACGUGUAGAGUCAUAGAAAGUCCUUUUCUUGAUCUGUUGUCGAAAGAACUGACCAAUAACAACAACAACAAACAAUGGGCUCUAGGUCCGUUUAACCCGGUCACAUUUCCCCGGAAAGGGACCGCUACCCGAGGCCCUAGCCACAAAUGUUUGUCAUGGCUCGAUAAACAAGAACCAAACUCGGUCCUAUACGUGUCAUUUGGCACCACAACUUCAUUUUCCGACGAACAAAUCAUGGCAAUGGCAAUUGGGCUAGAGCAGAGCCAGCAAAAGUUCGUAUGGGUUCUGAGGGGUGCCGAUAAAGGGAAUGUUUUCGGGAAAGAUACAUCAAGAAAGAUCGAACUACCAAAAGGGUUCGAGGAGAGAGUUAAGGAAAGGGGGAUUUUGGUAAGAGACUGGGCACCCCAGUUGGAGAUAUUGUCACAUUGUUCGACCGGUGGAUUCUUGAGUCACUGUGGAUGGAACUCGUGCAUGGAAAGUAUCUCGAUGGGCGUGCCAAUAGCUGCAUGGCCAAUGCAUUCUGAUCAACCAAGAAACACAGUACUAAUUACCAAGAUUCUUAAAAUUGGACUUGUUGUCAGAGAUUGGGCUCAUAGAGAUGAAUUAGUAACAUCAAGUAUGGUGCAAAAAUGUGUGGAAAAAUUGAUGGCAUCAAAAGAGGGAAAUGAAAUGAGAAACAAAGCAAGAAAAUUGAGUGCAGAAAUUAGAAAAGAAAUAGCAGAAGGUGGAAUUAAACGUAUAGAAUUGGAUUCAUUCAUAUCUCAUAUAACAAGAUAUUAGGUUCGACUAUGUUGUUCGGUCUCUCCAAAAAUGUUUCUGAAGAAUCCGAGCAACGUAGGGUUCUCAUCAAAAUCAAAAACAUUCAUGCAUGAUGCAUUUGCAGUCAGUGUAUCAAAAUACUAUUUGGAUUUAAUUACUUGUAUAUGUUGUGAAAAACAAAAACUUUACGCUAUCAGUAUAAUUUACAAUGUGUUUAAUUGUAACUGUGGCUUGAUGUAUUUUUCAGAUAACUAGUUCCAUUUAUUAUAAACUGUUUGGUGUAAUAUACCACAA